AUGCCUUCUCACAACAACGCCCAACGGCUCUACACGACGGACUACACAGUGCCUCCGCUGAAAGACAAGUCACUAUUCAUCCAGAAAGCCUUUGUCAAUGGCGAGUGGGUAGAUGCCGAGUCCGGAAAGACAUUCGAGAUCCACGACCCUGCUACCGGAAAACUGAUCGGAAGUUGCCCCGAGUUCAGCGCAUCAGAUACCGAGAAAGCCAUCCAGGCGGCCAGCGAGGCCUUCCCCAAGUUCCGCACAACCCUCGCCCGUGAGCGAGCUCGGAUGCUCCGACGAUGGUACCAGCUCAUGGUCGACAACGCUGAGGACCUGGCAACAUUAAUUACGUGGGAGAACGGCAAGCCCCUCGCCGACGCCAAGGGCGAAGUGAACUACGCCGCUAGCUUCUUCGAAUGGUUCAGCGAAGAGGCACCCCGAAUUUACGGCGACACUAUCCCAGCCUCUGUACCCGGUAACCGCGUCAUCACCGUCAAGCAGCCCGUCGGCGUCUGCGGCCUGAUUACGCCAUGGAACUUCCCCGCUGCUAUGAUCACCCGCAAGAUCGGACCUGCUCUUGCUGCCGGUUGCACUGUGGUCACAAAGUCACCGGGCGAGACUCCAUUCACAGCCAAUGCCCUCGCAGAGCUGGCCAAGCGCGCCGGCAUCCCUAAUGGUGUCGUUAACAUUGUUACAGCUAUGAAGAACACCCCCGAAGUCGGUGAGAUGAUUACGACUCACCCAGAGGUCCGCAAGGUCUCCUUCACGGGCUCCACAAACGUCGGAAGACUUCUGAUGAAGCAAUCCGCAUCGACUAUCAAGAAGGUUUCCUGGGAACUCGGCGGCAACGCGCCCUUCAUCGUCUUCGAUGAUGUCGACGACCUCGACGCCGCAGUCACUGGCGCAAUUGCCUCGAAGUUCCGCAGCUCCGGCCAGACCUGCGUCUGCGCAAACCGCAUCUACGUGCAAAAGGGCAUCUACAACGAAUUCGUCCAGAAGUUCGUGGAGAAGAUCAAGAACUUCAAGGUCGGGGCUGGUUUCGAGGAAGGCGUUACUCAUGGACCCGUUAUCCACGAUCGCGCUGUCGACAAGGUCGACGACCAUGUUCAGGACGCCGUCUCCAAGGGCGCCAAGCUUGUUGCUGGUGGUCAGAGACGAUCUGACCUCGGCCCUAACUUCUACGCUCUCACCGUCCUGACGGAUAUGAGCAAGGACAUGAAGAUUGCUUCGGAGGAGACGUUCGGCCCUGUGGCUGGGCUGUUCCCGUUCGAGACGGAGAAGGAGGUUGUUGACCUCGCUAACAAGGCUGAGGUCGGUCUGGCUGGAUACUUCUUCAGCGGGAACGUCAAGCGCAUUUUCCGUGUUGCUGAGGCGCUGGAGGUUGGUAUGGUUGGUGUCAAUACUGGGUUGAUUAGCGAUGUUGCGUCUCCAUUCGGCGGUGUCAAGCAAAGUGGCUUUGGCCGUGAGGGCAGCAAGUAUGGCAUUGAGGAAUUCAUGACGAUCAAAAGUGUCACCUUUGGUGGAAUGGGUGAGCCUCUGCAAUCGUGA